AUGCCUUCACUCACGAAGUUGGCGCUCUCUGCCCUCGCGACUACCACAGUCGUCGCAACAGGAAUCAACGAUUUCUCCUGCCAAAGCUCAUACAACCCAGUUGUCCUCCUGCAUGGUCUUGGAGCGACAUAUUAUGAGGAUCUGAACUACAUGCAGUACUGGCUGCAAACCCAAGGGUUUUGCACAUAUGCCCAAACCUAUGGCGCAUACGAUGGCUUCCCAUUGCUUGGCGGUUUGAAGGCAAUCAACGAGAGCGCUCCCGAAAUUGCCGCAUACAUCAAGGAAGUCGUGCAAAAGACCGGCAAAAGCAAAGUCGACCUAGUCGGCCACUCCGAGGGUGCUUUCCAAUCUCUCUAUGUGCCCAAGUUCGAGGGCGUCGCCCACCUGGUCGACAAGAUCGCAUCUAUCGCACCGCCUACCCAUGCCACUACAUUUGCCAGCAUUUAUAACCUCGCGUACACAUUCGGCAAUCAGUCGCGCGAAGUCGUGGCCGAAGUGCUCAAUACCGUCGGCUGCCCUGCUUGCAACGAUCUCGGCCCCGAUGGCCCAGCCAUCAACCGAUUGAAUGACGGUACCCCUAUUGCGCAGCCUGGUAACAGUGUCACUAUCAUUGCGUCCAAAUACGAUGAGCUGGUUACUCCGCCGUCGACAUCGUUCGUCCACGAGGAAGGCGUGACGAAUCGCUGGAUCCAGGAUACUUGCCCAUUGGAUCCUGUUGGCCACAUUGGCGAGGCCUAUGAUUUGAAUGUCUGGCACUUGGUCAAGAACGUGCUGACCUCGACGGAUGAGAAGUUCUUGUGCCUGCUUGGGUCACCGGGUAAAUAA